UUUCAGAAGCUAAGCCCGACACUUUUUCACCAUUUUGUAGAGAAAGCCUUAUUCUCACAGUUAAGUGUUAAAACCCCUACUUAACUUGGUAUUAAAGACGACCACGUCCAUAGCAAAAUAGACAAGUAAACCAACCUAUUUACCUUUGUAAAGAAUAACUGCAUCUUUCUCCCUUCAGGCAUUGCAGUAACACCUAUGGCAAUGAAGAAAGAGACAGAAUUUGGGAUUUUUAUCUGAGGAAAAUGAUAGAUAACAACCAGACGUGUGCUGCAGGACAGGACUCCAUGCCCUACGUGACCUGUAUGCUUCACGUGCUGGAAGAGUGGUUGGGUGUGGAACAGUUGGAGGACUACCUGAAUUUUGCAAACCAUCUCUUGUGGGUCUUCACCCCACUGAUCCUUUUAAUACUUCCGUACUUUACCAUCUUCCUUCUCUACCUUACUAUUAUUUUCCUCCACAUCUAUAAGAGGAAGAACGUGUUAAAAGAAGCCUACUCUCACAACUUGUGGGAUGGCGCGAGGAAAACAGUGGCGACCCUGUGGGAUGGACACGCGGCGGUUUGGCAUGGUUAUGAAGUUCACGGGAUGGAAAAGAUACCAGAAGGACCAGCACUUAUAAUUUUUUAUCAUGGAGCUAUUCCCAUAGACUUUUACUACUUCAUGGCUAAAAUUUUCAUCCACAAAGGCAGAACUUGCCGAGUGGUAGCUGACCACUUUGUCUUUAAAAUCCCAGGGUUCAGUUUAUUACUUGAUGUAUUUUGUGCUCUUCAUGGACCAAGAGAAAAAUGUGUUGAAAUCUUGAGGAGUGGUCACUUGUUAGCUAUUUCACCGGGUGGAGUUCGAGAAGCCUUACUUAGUGAUGAAACCUACAACAUCAUAUGGGGUAAUCGUAAAGGCUUUGCUCAGGUUGCAAUCGAUGCAAAAGUGCCCAUUAUUCCUAUGUUUACACAAAACAUCCGAGAAGGAUUUAGAUCACUCGGAGGAACAAGAUUGUUUAAAUGGCUUUAUGAAAAAUUCCGCUAUCCAUUUGCUCCAAUGUAUGGAGGUUUUCCUGUGAAGUUGCGGACCUUCUUGGGUGAUCCUAUUCCGUAUGACCCAGAGGUAACAGCAGAAGAAUUAGCUGAAAAGACUAAGAACGCUGUUCAAGCUUUGAUCGACAAGCACCAAAGGAUACCGGGGAACAUUAGGAGUGCUUUGCUGGACCGCUUUCAUAAAGAGCAGAAGGCUAAUUGACAGAUAAUUUCAUGUGUCUGUAAUGCCAACUUUGCAUCUGUGGUACUGCCUUUUAAACUUUUGUAGGUUGUAUAAUAGUGUUUUUAAAACCUGCUAAUGAGCAUCUUUCUUUAGAACUUAAACUUUCUAUGGUUAAUCUUACCCUUUCAAUCAGUUUUGUCAAAUGUAGUGAGUAACUCACCGUUUGCUUGAUUCAGAAGAUGAUCAUGUUGCAUUUGCCAUCCUCGGUAGUAUAUGAUAGGCACAGAGUCUUCGAGUUAAGUCUUCCUGAAUACUAGCAGUCUAGGUUAGGCAGACUUCACUCAAUUAUGCUUCUGUGUUUGUGUCUGUUGUGCCAAUGUGAUGGUGAGAGGCACCUGAGCUGGGGUGUAGCACUUGCUUAGUUUAGGUGAGCGGUGCCUUUGAAUCCAUCCUUCAUUCCACUCACAACUGCUGGUAAGUUGUGGAACGCUUUUGCACAUCCGUGGUCUAUGUUAAGCAUGGUAAUACUGUGGUGGUGAACAUUAAGUUGCUUAUGUCUACUGUGAUCUAUCCGUAUCUAUAUAUCUGAUAGAUAUCUGUAGUGAGAAAUCUGUAAUUAAAUUGAUUCCUGAAUCCUUUAGGAGUUAUGUACAUUUUUGUCCAUUGGAUAUUGAAAUUACUCCUUCAGGGAUGAUGUCCAGUUGCCAAGCACAAUGAAAGAGAUGUACUAUUUUGUAAAUCAAAUCAUUGUUACUUGUAGUAUUUAUUAACAGAGUUGUUUGGUAUUUAUUUUAAACAGGAUCUAAGUAAAUGUAUAGGAUGGAUUGUCAGCACGUGUCUUACACGGUGUAAAGAUAAAAUCGUGGACACGCUCUGCAGUUCAUGUUAGAGCAGAUCCUAGGCUGAGGAGUGACAACUGAGGAAGCUCUGCCUCGCUUGUCCCAGGGCUCGCUUCCGUGCUCUGCAGCCAGGCACGUGGUUAUAUCUGUAAAAUGUACUUGAAUGAUGAAUUUCUGUAAACAUGGAGUCCUCUGAAAAUGUAAGUGCUUUGUUGUCUUCUUGAAAACUUAUUUUAAAAGUAUUUAAACAGCAAAGUAUCAUGAAUUCAUCGCUGUGUGUCUUCCCCCUUUGCAGUACUUGGGUUUUAUAUGGACUUUUUAACUACAAGUGUAUAUUUGUGAUAUGUAUAAUGUAUGUAUAAUGUAUAUAGAAAUGGUGUGAAAAUAAAGCUGAAUUGCAACUCCUUCUCUAGUAAAA